UUCGGACACCACUUGGAAAUAAAGCAGCACGCGCGCGCGGGACCCGAAGAAAGGAGCGCUUUCUCUGAAGUGACUUCACGCGCAUCAGUGGAUUGCGGACGCUGUGACGCGGCUCAAGUCGCCCGGGUGGGGAAAAAGAAACUUCGAGUUAUUGAGCGUCUCGUAUGAAUCUCCUCGACCCCUACCUCAAGAUGACGGAUGAGCAAGAGAAGGACGCACCGAGUCCGAGCAUGUCCGAGGAUUCGGCGAGUUCUCCUAGCGGCUCGGGUUCGUGCUCGGACGUGGAGAGCGGCGGUGGGCGCGCGCGCGAUAAUGGUGUCGAGCUGAAAAAGGACGUGGACGACGAGCACGAGAACAGUGAGAAGUUCCCGCAGUGCAUCCGCGAGGCCGUGUCGCAGGUGCUCAAGGGCUACGACUGGACGCUCGUGCCUGUACCGGUGCGCGUGCACGGCGCCAGCAAAAACAAGCCACACGUGAAAAGGCCCAUGAACGCGUUCAUGGUGUGGGCGCAGGCCGCGCGCCGCAAACUCGCAGAUCAGUAUCCUCAUCUGCACAACGCCGAGCUGAGCAAGACCCUGGGCAAGUUAUGGAGAUUGUUGAACGAUGUGGAGAAGCGUCCAUUCGUAGAAGAGGCUGAGCGCCUGCGUGUGCAGCACAAGAAGGAUCACCCGGACUACAAGUACCAGCCACGGCGAAGGAAAUCAGCCAAGAAUGGUCAGGGCGAGGGGGAAGAGGGUGCUGAGCACACACACGUCUCCACCAAUGCCAUCUUCAAGGCACUGCAGCAGGCCGAUUCUCCAGCAUCCAGCAUGGGAGAGGUGCACUCCCCCAGCGAGCAGUCAGGCCAGUCUCAGGGUCCCCCGACUCCGCCCACUACCCCCAAAAUUGACGCUCAGACAGGCAAAAGUGAGCCAAAAUGCGAGGGCCGCCCACUCCCGGAUGGCAUCGGAGUAACUGUUGGCUCUGGCGGGCAGCGUCAGCUUAACAUCGACUUCCGUGACGUGGACCUGGGUGAACUGAGCAGCGACGUCAUCUCACACAUGGAGAGCUUUGACGUGGCCGAGUUUGACCAGUACCUGCCACCUAACGGGCACCCCGGGCACGGCUGGAUGGGCUCAGCGCCCACCGGUUGGAUGGCCAAGAGCCCGAGCUCCAGCCCUCAGGUGGGUGCUGCAAGCCCUGGUGAGGAUCAGAGCCAACAGAGGACAACGCACAUCAAAACCGAGCAGCUGAGUCCUACCCAUUAUGGCUCCUUUAACCUGCAGCACUACACCACUUCCACUUCAUCCUCUGCCUUCCCAUCAUGCAUCAACCGGCCACAGUAUGACUACACCGACCAACAAGGCAGCGCCACCUCCUAUUACUCAGCAGGCCAGAGCUCGAUUUACUCCACCUUUAACUACAUGAGUCCCAGCCAGAGGCCCAUGUACACCCCCAUCACCGAGACCCAAUCAGGCCACAGCCCCCAGCACUGGGACCAGCAGCCUGUCUACACACAGCUCUCCAGACCAUGAGAACACACACACACACGCACACAUACAUAUAUACACACACACAGAUACGUACCCAUGCAGUGAAGAUUAUUUAACAAGGCUGAUGGCCCCACAUAGAGACCCUCCAUUACUCUUCCUGUAAAGCACACACUUGAAUACUCAGCAGAGGAAGACUGGAAGGAACGCUGGUCUUUAAAAAAGAGCAGCUCACCACGUGCCUUUUUCAUCUUUAAAUCACCUGAUGCCAAUUAGAUAUAUAUUUUUAGCCUUGAUUGCGAGAAAAGAGAAACAUUUUUCUGCGAAAAGAAGAAUCCUCUGUGAGGACUUAAUGAAUUAUUGUACUUUAGUAUGUACUGUGUAUGUUUUCUGACCUUUUCCAUAGCUGAUAGGGAUUCUAUUCUGUAGGGAAACGGUUUAUUUUUUACUAAACCACUCUUAGCAGUCCUGCCUAGUCAUCCUCAUGGUAUUUUUUAUCGGCCUCUAGGAUUCUGUUUGCUGUGCUAGUGGAUCUUCAUGCCGUUGCAUCCUACAUUAUGUUCACUUUCGUUAUUUCUUGUAUUUAUGAUUAUUAAAAAUGUUCCUGAUGCUUUAGAGUGAUGUAUUUUUAAUGUUUUUUUGUAUGACAUGUCUGCCUUGUGCACCAUCAGUGCCUGGUCUUGUGGGUUUUUUUUUUUCUUUUGUCAAGGUAGAAUGUGCAGCUGAGAAUUUACUUAGUGCCUGACAGUGGCAGGAAGUGACCUUUGACCCCAUGUCAUUAUUUCCAGUCAACAGUCAUACUGGUCUCAUCUUUCCACCCUGACCCCUUUUUUUUCUGUUCAGUCUUAACCCUUUCUAAUUUAUUUAUUAGUCUUAAUUUUAUUUCAGAUUAAUUAAGUGCAGUGUAUUCAUUAAUACUGUAAGCAACUAAUUAUUUGUCUUUGGAAGUCACCCUUCUGGAUAUUGUAAUGUUUAAUCCAAUUCAUUAAACCGGAAGGGUUGCUACUUAAUAUGGUACAGUUCUGUAAUCAUCAUGUUUAUUUAUCAUAUCUAGAUGUCUCUAUUUUAAAUGUUUAUUUGUCUAUUUGUUUUUCUUCUUUUGUGCUAGCCAGAAUUGAUGAUGAAGUACUGUCAAGGCUGAUCAAACUGGAACUGUCAGCUUUCUUCCAUUAGGAAGUAUUUUUUAUUUUUUUUUUGAAGCUCUGUUUGAAGCUGUAACUGUGUGUGUGUGUGUGUGUGCAUGUGUGUGUGCGCGUGUGCUUGUUUAUAGAGAUACCAGAGAUUUCACAUCAAAUCCUUUCUAAGAUCGACUUUUUCCAUGCCACAUAUUACUGAUGGUACAUCUUCCGAACAUUUUUUUUUUUCUUUCAUCAGAUUUAACAUAAUUUUCUUUAAAUAUUUGCAUUUUUUUAUUAUAUUUGCAAUAAAACUUUUAAAAAAUACUCUGAAAUAAAAGUGUAGCUUCUGUUUCUUUUUACAUUUUCAAGAAACAUAAAUAAAUAAAUAACCAUUGAAGGAGAAAUAUCACCGAA